GUCAUUUUUGACAAAGGUCUAAAGGGACGCUUCCGUCUUCUAUAUUUAUAAAUAAAUGCAUAAAACAUAAAUAAAAUCAAUAAAAAUUUACUGAUUUCAACGCAAGUGUACUUAAAAACCGAGUUAAAUUAUUUAUUAGUUAAAUAUGAAUGAAUUAUGCACAGCAUGUUUAAGUGCGGGCAGAGAUCUGUUUUAUAUUGAGGGAAGUGAUAUACAUCACCUUUAUUCACAAAUCUUGAAUGAAAUAUCGAUCUCCAGUGGGAUGUUGUCAGCAUGUCUGCAGGUCUGCUGGGAGUGUCGCUCGCUGCUGAGGAAGUUCCACCGCUUCAAGAGACAGGCACAGGAGUGCUACACAGAGCUGCUGGCAGUCACGCUACAGAACACAACACACAAGCAUCACCGGUCCCAGCUCACAGCGACACUGCUGCACUGCAUCAGCUACCCGGAGGUGGUGGUGAAGACUGAGCCGGAGCUCGACGUCAAGCGCGAGCUGUCGGACACUGACACGCACCGCGAGCCUGAGACCUUCGUCAAUGACCUCGUGCUGGAGGAGACACUUGUCAAAGAGAAGAAGACUAUAAAAAAGAAAUCAAAACAGAAAGUGAAAAUCAAAAAGAAAAAGGCAAUAAAGAAUAAGGAGAGUUCAGGAGCGGGCAGCGACUUUGACUACGAGGCAGAGAGUUACAGAGAGAAUGAGUUCUCCUGCAGCCAGUGUGCGGAGAGUUUUAAAGAAGAGAGAGAGUUGGAAUUACAUAUAGAUGUCGAACAUGAUAAAAAGGAGACAAAGCCCAACGGAGUGGGCAGGGUCCGCAGCAGGGAGCCGCUGCCGGAGAAGCCCCAGUGUGUGGAGUGCGGCAAGAUGUUCAGCUCCAGGAAGACGUACAGAUACCAUCUCAAUGUUCUACACAGAGGUCAGAACCGCUACCCGUGUCCUCGCUGCGGCAAGGUCUACCAGUGGAAGUCCAACCUCGGCCGGCACAUGAGGAGCCACAAGGCGCGCGACAACAACGAGCUGCACUGCGGCACGUGCGACAAGCGCUUCGCGUCUGUCGCGACGUUCCGCCAACACCUGCGCGUGUCGCGCCGACAUGUCUCCGAGAAGGACUUCACUUUCAUGUGCAACGAGUGCGGCAAGAAGUUCGUGAACAAGACGCGACUGCGCGACCACAUCGACUGGGAGCACCUCAACAACAUCAAGUUCCGCUGCCAGCUCUGCAACAAGCCGUUCAAAUGCCACACGUCUCUCUACGUGCAUAUGCAGAAUGUGCACAAGAACAAGGAGAAGAAGGAGAACCUCUGUCACGUCUGCGGCAAGUCCUACCCGAACGCAGCAAAGCUGAAGUACCACAUCGUGGCGAUGCACACGAGCGAGACGCCGUACCGCUGCGCGCAGUGCGGCGCCGCCUUCGGCUGGUACUCCUCGCUGUACCGACAUGUGAGGGAGGUGCACUAUAAGAUGAAGCUGCAACCGAACAGGAUAAGAAAACAGAAGAUAAAGAAGGGCGAGCUCCUCCCCCCACUACAGGCGGGCCCCUCAUAGCCAGUGACAAACAAUUUUGUACCGAAUAUACCUUUUACUUCCA